CGCGCGUGAGUGGGAAUAUUAUUCUUAUACGGCCCAUAAUUCGUAUCCGUUUAUAAAUACACACUUCGAACGUAACGCAUAUCUCAAAUUUCCCCUCCUCUGUUAUUUCAAUCUUGUUUCAAUCUCCCAACCAAACACACGCAUCAUGGGUUUGCAGGAGGAUUUUGAGCAGCAUGCCGCCAAAGUCAAGACUUUGACAGAGAGCCCAUCAAAUGAGGAUUUGCUUAUCCUUUAUGGAUUGUACAAGCAAGCCACUGUCGGAAAUGUUGACACCGCACGUCCUGGAAUGUUCAACAUGAGGGACAGAGCUAAAUGGGAUGCAUGGAAGGCUGUUGAAGGGAAAUCCAAGGAGGAAGCAAUGAGUGAUUACAUCACUAAGGUGAAACAGCUUCUGGAAGCAGCUGGCGUUGCUGUUUGACAACAUUGUCACGCCUUGCUUUUUAAAUCUAUGCUAAAAGUUUCUUAGUGUUUGGAAAAUAAAACAGUUUCAGUGUUUGUUGUUUGAUCUAAAACUAUAAGAUAUUAUCUGAAUUAUUCAGUAUUGAAUUAGAUAUGUUUCAAAGAGUUCAGUUAACUUUAUCACUACUGAAAAUGUCUGCAGACAUAAUGCAUGUGCUAGAAACUUGAAAUUUUCUGUGUUGUUUAUUUAAAAUUAUUUCUACUUUCAACCUUAA